ACCAACUUCUACCAGUAACUGAAGAAGUACUUCGAAAACAAAAAGAGAAAAUGUGUUCCGUUGCGGUGGCGUCAAUGUUAUUCGCCGGGAGCUGCCGUACCCUCGCCGUUCCGGCAGCGGCGCGUGCAAUUCCCAUUUCACUCACCAAACACCUCACCAACCACGCGUUUCGUUUGCGUUGUCGGAGUUCACACAACAGUUUCACGGCAAUCGCCGGUGAAACCGAAUCUUCAACAACCGACGCUGUAAACCUAACAGUUACCUCUUCUUCUAAUAGCUACCCUAAGUAUGAUCGAUUGCUUCCAUGUCCAACACACAAAUCUCCACCAAGAAUCGAACACUUAGUUGUUACAGAAGAAGGACCUGUAUUAGAAUACAUUUGUAAAGCUUUGAAUCUUCCUCAUUUGUUUGUUGCGGAUUUGAUUCAAUUCGGAGCUGUGUAUUUCGCUCUUGUUUGUCCGAAACCUCCUCCUAAUGCUACUGAAGAGCAAAUUAGGGUUUUUAAAGAAGUAACUGAACCACUGGUUGUGCGAAAAAGAGCUUCUGUCAAAGGAAAAACUAUAAGAGAAGCACAGAAAACGUUCCGUGUAACUGAUGUGGAUCAAUUUGUUGAACCAGGAACAUAUUUGCGAGUGCACGUGCACCCUAAGCGUUUUCCUAGGUCCUAUGAGAUUGACUGGAGAUCAAGGAUCAUAGCUGUGAAGGAAUCAUACGUCGUUUUGGAUAAACCUGCUGGUACUUCAGUUGGUGGCACUACAGACAACAUUGAAGAAAGUUGUGCAACCUUUGCAACUCGUGCCUUGGGAUUGACAACACCUUUGAUGACUACCCAUCAGAUUGAUAACUGCACAGAAGGCUGUGUAGUAUUAGCUAGGAAUAAAGAGUAUUGCUCUGUCUUUCAUGGCAAAAUACGGGAGAAAAAAGUGAAGAAGCUCUAUCUUGCUCUUGCAGCAUGUCCUAUACCAACUGGAAUCAUUAACCACUAUAUGCGUCCUAUUAACAUGGCCCCUCGACUUAUUUCGGAAGAUUUUAUCAAGGGAUGGCUUCUUUGUCAACUUGAGGUCAUAGAAUGCAGAAAGAUUCCCUGGCCAACUAGUGUUGUUCAAGAUGAGUAUUGUGUUGAAGACUGUGGGUGGCCAUCUCAAGAUUACGCGUAUGAGUGCAAAAUCAACCUUCUUACUGGUCGAACUCAUCAGAUUCGAGCUCAAUUUGCUGCUUGUAAGGCACCAUUAGUUGGUGAUACUAUGUAUAUGCCAGCUGCAGUUGCAGAGAUGAUAAAUCCUGGACUUAAUCCAUUUGGAAAAUACAAGAAAGAUUUCCCUAGUGAGAGUGAAAAAGAAGCGGCUGUUAUAAACUGGGUUGCACAACAUGGAAAAGAGCCUAGUGUUGCAAUUGGACUUCAAGCUUGCCAAAUUUCAUGGGAUGAUGAUGAACACUUUCACAGAGCUGGUUCACCUUGGUGGAGGUGUUAAAAUGCUGGAAUAUGCUUGAGUUGAGGAUAUGGCUCAAGUCUGAAGUUAUGUUUGAAUUUUGCCUCAGUUUUGAGUGAGUAUCAUUGUAAUUCAAGUUGGAAUCAUCAUGGUUCAGUGUUACAACUGAUCUGUAAAUUUUGUAUGCCUGAAAAAGUAAAGAGAUGUUUUUGCAUGCAGACGCUGAUAUUCAUUCAAUUGAAGGAAGAUUUGUCAUGUAUCGUUGAUGGUUCCUCCUUUUGCAGUAAAAGUGCAAAUUUUUUCUAAGAUGGGGGAGGAGUGGAGUGAGGUUGUGCUAAUUUGAAAAGAGAAACCCAAACAAAAAGGAGGAGUUUCAUGGAAGGAUGGUGCAUGCUGUCAUAUACCGGUGAGCCCUGAGCAUCCUAUUUUAUUACAAUCAACUCUAAAUAGGCAAGCCUGAGGAUAUAUUAUUCACUGGUCAAGACCUCCGUUUACUUGGAUAUUGAUGAAUCAAGAAAAGUCACAAUAUUAGAUAGUGGUAUUUCGAGCUCUCGUCAAUCCCUAAAAGUGCUUGUCUUAGUUUUCUUGUACUCUAUUUGCAUUUUGGUAUAGAAGCUUUUUGUUUAUGCUAGAAAGUUAAUAUUCAUGUUAAUGAUCAUUUAGGUUAAUGAUAGACGGAUCCAUUGUCCAGUCAUAUUUCCAAGUGUCAUAAGAGGUCUUCAUAACAUCAAAAUGUGGAUGAACAGAAUUGAGAACUCACCAAAUGAUAGAGGUUUCACCAAUGUCAGCCUUGGAAAAGUUCAUUUUAUUAUAGUAACGCACUUGCUUCAUAAUAUGCUCAUGUACACCGACGAUAUGAUCAUACUCUGUCUUGUAGGCAAUGAGGAACAUUGACUUUUUUACGCUUUCUAAGGUGCCAUAGAUGUCUCAAACAGAUUUGCAAUAUUCAUUUGUAUUAUUACACCUUAAGUUUGA